AUGUCAGCGUACCUAGACGAACAAACCCCCCAUCUCCGUUCACUGCACGACCAACUGUCCUUACCUCCUGAAGUUUUACAGGCGGAUCUAGCGAGAAUAGAUGCUGCGAUCAAGGGAGUGAUCACAUCCAUAAUAAGGGAAAGAGAAGCUCAGGUCGACACGCUGAAAGAUGAGAUCGCUCAGAAUAAACGAGACGUAUCGAGUCUGGCUAGAGCUGUAGGAGAUAGAGGGAGAGAUAUCGUUGCGUUAAGCAGGACAGAGAGCUUUGAUAACGAUACAUUGCCAAAACAGCUAGAAAGUUUGACAAACCAGAUAAAUGAGCUGAAGAAUAUAUACGACGAAAGACUAAGACAUAUACAGAAACAACAAGCGACACUCGAUCAGCUAUCUACCCUUCUCGGUCCCCCAUUUCAGCCUUCAAAACCCCUUCAGCCUGUCGCCUCAUCCUCCAAACAGACUCUACCGUCCACUUCAGCACCAGUAGGAGAGGUGAAGCAGCGGUCAUCUGGAACCACGCUCGCUCAGCAGAUAGCAGGCGGUAAAGUACCUUCGACAUGGUAUGACGUCGGGGAAAGCAUAAGUGAAGAAUUGAAUGAGGCUGUAACGAAAGCGCUGGCAGAACGGGACUCACGACGGAAGAAUCUAUGUCAAACGCUGUUCAAUCUAAUAUGGCUACAUUCCGAACUUGCCCUUCCUCCCGUUCCCAUAUCCUCACCCCACCAUUUCCCCCCUGAACUCCUACCGUCGCACGAGGAAGAAGAGACUCCUGGAGCCUAUACGACAUAUGAGAAGAUCCUACAUGGCGUUAUAGGCUCGAAUCCCCUGCCUCCCGGCGAAUGCGAAGAGUGGGGUGAAAUAGAGGAUCUACAGGGAAUGGAAAAUGUCGAACCUGAAAUUGGAUUGAUAGAAUGGUCAGAUGAAUUGACGGAAUUGUGGAAUACAAGGAAAGAAGAGCACGAAGCUAGGAUACAGGAAUUGUACAAUCUUGUUGAACCGCUAUGGACUAGGUUGGAUGUCGAUCAGGCGACGAUGGAUCUGUUUGUAGAUAUGAAUAGAGGUAGUGGGGAAGCUGUCAUCAAAGCUUAUGAAGAAGAGUACGAGCGAUUACUGGAAUUGAGAAGAUCGAGUUUAUCGUCGUUCAUCGAAAACACAAGAAAAGAGAUUGAUGCCCUGCAGACGGAACUGAUGUUGAGUGAUGAUGAAAAAGCGGAAUUUGGUGCAUAUAUCGAUGACGAUUAUACUGAAGAGCUUCUUCACUUACAUGAAGAGGAGAUAAUUCGACUGAGAGAAGAAGUGGAAUCGAAAUCAAACUUACUGCCGAAAGUGCGCGAAUGGCAUGCGUUAGUGCGAGACGAAGAGGAAUUGGAGAGGAGUGCAAAUGAUCCUAAUAGAUUCAAAAUGAGAGGAGGUGCAAUGUUGAAAGAGGAGAAGAUGAGGAAGCGAGUGACAGUUUUGAAACCGAAGAUUGAGACUGAACUUCUUACGAUGUUACCUCAAUGGGAAGAGACUAAUGGACGACCGUUCCUGGUGUCAGGUGAAAGGGUCAUAACGAAGAUCGAAGAGGAACGAGAGGCUAAAGAAGCUGCCAAGGAAGCUAAGAAGCGAGCCAAACAAGGUCUCGCCCCCGCCAAAACCCUUCCCUCGCGACAAACUCCUGCGCCAAGCACGAUUUCUCGUCCUACAACUAGCUCCAAAAACCCUAUCAAGCGAUCCGCACCUACACCUACACCUAUGACCAAUCAGCAGAACAAGAAACCACGCCUGAUACCAGGUACAGGUACUUCCACAAUGUCGUCCUCGAUGUAUGGCUCGUCAAUUCGACCGAUGAGGUCCGUGUCAGCUACGCAUAGCUCCAAUCGAGGUGGAGGUGGUGGUACGAUCUCACCCACACCGUAUAUGAAUGGAAAACGAGUGAUGUCACAUUCUAGUGCUACUAUGUCGAUCUCGAGGAUACCGUCGAUAACAGCAGGAGCAGGUAAAGGUCAAUUGAUGAUGGGUUUAGGAAAGAAUAGUAAAAAUGGAGAAGUGAUAAGUAAAAAACCUAGAAUGAGCUUCAAGCCUCGUCCGUCAGUCUUUCCUGCGAUGACUAAUGGAGGUGUGAAUGUGAACGGUGGCUGGGGAUUGGCAGAGGAGGACGAGGAUGUCUUUUAG